AUGCAGUGGAGGAACACAAAGAUGCCAAACUCAGACCCAGGAGCAAGACGGAUGAAGGUGACCUGGAAGAGAUGCUCACUGUGCGAGGCGCUACAGAUCUCAGUCUCGACGAGAGUGCAAAGACGAGGAGAUGAGGUCGAGAAGAUCGCAGAUGAGGUUGCUGAUGUGAAAGUGGAGAGGGUGAGGACUGAGAAGGUGGAAGUGGCCACAGACUUAGAGGCCGUGAAGGAUCCCGCAGAUCCCGCAGCCUCGCACGCGCGGCUCCUGUUAAACGACGGAAUGAAGGCGGUCGCGGAGGACAGCGAUGCCGUCAGCAAGCAGCUUCAGCGACGGCAAGAGGCGUUGUUGCGCUCGAAGAGAUUGAAGGAGAUGAUGUGUACCAGUCCAGCAACAACGAUGCCAUCAGAGGAGGUGGACAUCAGCAACUUGGCUGGGCAGCAUUUGUCCAGUGAGGACAUGUAUUGGCAAAGUCUCUGGAAGGCCACCAAAGAUUUGAUGCAUGAGAGUUCAGAAGAGGAUCGUGGGGACUUUGACGGUUUACUUCCUGGAGUCCCAGGGUCAGUGGAACUGCGGCCUAUGCUUUGA